AUGUCAUGUGGCGCGACCCCAAAGUCUCCAGCUCCGGAAUGGAUGUCCCUCGAGAACCUCCUGCGGAUUGCCACCAAGAACGACCAUCUGGAGGUACCGACAGAAGAAUCUAAGCGCGCCGAACAUGCGAACAAGGUCCUGCAGUCCAAGCUUGGUUGCGAUAUCCUCCUCAAUUCACACGGACUCAUAUUUCCGAUACAUUCGGCCUGGGCGCUCGGUGGUCCAAAUGCAGACUGGAUGUUGAAAUGUCUUUUCCAGGGCACCCCAGAGCAUCCGUGCGAGAUACCUUUCCCCGGAUUUUCUCCAAUCGUCGUGGACCGUUUCGUCAACUUCCUCUAUCUCCACGAAUAUCAGCGCCAUAUCGAGACGGAAGUGUCGGAUAUCGCGCACGCAGAGAACAGGCCUGGUUCACCCUAUAUCGACCUCACCCGCGAUAUGAAGUCGGUGCGAUUCGACCUGGAGAUGGUAAGGUUCGCGGAGUUCCUGGAAUACCCGGCCUGGAUCGACGCCGCGCACGUCAGGUUGGUAGAACAGCUCCUGUCCAAAGGUGACUUUCCGCCAACGGCCAUGAAGGACUUUGUAGAGUGGAUAUAUGGUGCUGGCAAGAUCUGUGAGGACAAAAAGGGCUCGCUUAAACAACUAAUUGUGGCGGCUACCUUCGUGCACGGGAGCAAGUCCUGGGAAAAGGAUCAGCGUGACGAGUUUGUCGGCCUUGUUCAACACCAGGAAAGCUUUGUUAAGGAUAUGGCAGCAGCGACGCUAGCGCUAGAGCAGGCAGGAAAGUCUUCUUGA